ACUGGAGAGAGACCAUUCACUUGUGAUCAGUGCGGGAAGUGUUUCACACAAUCGUUAAGCCUUAAGGUACACAUGAAAAUCCACACUGGAGAGAAACAGUACAAGUGUUCACAGUGUGACAAGAGAUUCAGUCGGUCAGGAGACCUGAAGAAACACAAGUUAGUCCACACUGGAGAGAAACCGCACACAUGUGAUCAGUGUGGGAAGAGUUUCACACAAAAAGGAAGCCUUACGGCACAUAUGAGAGUUCAUACAGGAGAAAAACUGUUCAUAUGUAAUCAAUGUGGAAAGAGUUUUGCACACUUAACACACCUUAAGGAUCACAUGAACAUCCACACUGGAGAGAAACAGUACAAGUGUUCACACUGUGACAAAAGAUUCAGUCGAUCAACACAUCUGAAGAAACACAAGGUAGUCCACACUGGAGAGAAACCGUACACAUGUGAUCAGUGCGGGAAGAGUUUCGCACAAAAAGGAAGCCUUAUGACACAUAUGAAAGUUCAUACAGGAGAGAAACUGUACUCAUGUAAUCUUUGUGGAAAGAGUUUGAAAUGCAAAUAUAGUCUUGAUGGUCACAUGAGAGUUCACACUGGAGAGAAACCAUACACUUGUGAUCAGUGCGGGAAGAGUUUCACACAAUCAGUACAUGUUAAAGAACACAUGAGCAUCCACACUGGAGAGCAACCUUAUAAGUGUUCACACUGCAACAAGGGAUUCAAUAGGUCAGGAGACCUGAAAACACAUGAGAGGAUCCACACUGGAGAGAAACCUUACAAGUGUUCACACUGUGACAAGAGAUUCAGUAAUUCAGGAAUCCUGAAAACACAUGAGAGGAUUCACACUGGAGAGAAACCGUAUCACUGCACUGAAUGUGGGAAGUGUUUCAAUAAUUCAUCUAAUCUACACAGACACAUGAAGAUCCACACUGGAGAGAAGCCGUUCAAAUGUGAUCAAUGUGGAAAGAGUUUCUCAAGGAAAUAUAAUCUAGAGAUUCACAUGAGGGUCCACACUGGAGAGAAACCAUUUACAUGCACUCAGUGUGGAAAGAGUUUCUCAGACAAAGCAGUUCUUCAGGCUCACAUGAGGAUCCACACCGGAGAGAAGCCGUUCAGAUGUGAUCAGUGCGGAAAGAGUUUCUCAACUAAACCAAAUUUUGACGUUCACCUUAAAGUUCAUACCGGAGAAAAGCCGUUUAUGUGUGAUCAUUGUGAAAAGAGAUUCUCAAACAAACAACAUCUUGAGCUUCACUUGAGAGUUCAUACUGGAGAAAAACCAUUCACAUGUGAUCAGUGCGGGAAGAGCUUCAGACAAAAACCAGGUCUAAUGGAACACAUGAAGAUCCACACUGGAGAGAAGCCGUUCAAAUGUGAUCAAUGUGGAAAGAGUUUCUCAAGGAAAUAUAAUCUAGAGAUUCACAUGAGGGUCCACACUGGAGAGAAACCAUUUACAUGCACUCAGUGUGGAAAGAGUUUCUCAGACAAAGCAGUUCUUCAGGCUCACAUGAGGAUCCACACCGGAGAGAAGCCGUUCAGAUGUGAUCAGUGCGGAAAGAGUUUCUCAACUAAACCAAAUUUUGACGUUCACCUUAAAGUUCAUACCGGAGAAAAGCCGUUUAUGUGUGAUCAUUGUGAAAAGAGAUUCUCAAACAAACAACAUCUUGAGCUUCACUUGAGAGUUCAUACUGGAGAAAAACCAUUCACAUGUGAUCAGUGCGGGAAGAGCUUCAGACAAAAACCAGGUCUAAUGGAACACAUGAAGAUCCACACCGGAGAGAAACCGUAUGUAUGCCAUCAAUGUGGGAAGGGUUUCCUCCGAUCAGCACACCUUAAAUCACACAUGAAAAUCCACACUGGAGAGAAACAGUUCACAUGUGAUCACUGUGAAAAGAGAUUCUUACAUAAACAAAAUCUAAAGAUUCACAUGAGGAUCCACACCGGAGAGAAGCCGUUCACAUGUGAUCAGUGUGGCAAAACAUUUCUUAGGGCAUCAGUCCUGAAGGCACACCUGACAGUUCAUACGAAGGAGAAACCGCAUUCAUGUUCUGUGUGUGGAAAGAGUUUUUCACUGCCGCAAACUUUACAUGUACAUCAGAAAACACAUAGUGGUGUGAGAGAGUACAUGUGCUUUGAGUGCGGGAAGACUUUUACUUCAGCAAAUGGUUUAAAACUGCACCAGAGGAUUCACACUGGAGAAAAACCUUACAAGUGUUCACACUGUGACAAGAGAUUUAGUCGGUCUUCAAAUCUAAAAACACAUGAGAGGAUCCACAGCAGAGAGAAACCUUAUAAGUGUUCACACUGUGACAAGAGAUUCAGACAGUCAGGAUAUCUGAAAACACACGAGAUGUUCCACACUGGAGAGAAGCCGCACACGUGUGAUCAAUGUGGGAAGAGUUUUACACAGCAAAAACAACUUAAUGAUCAUGUGCUUGUUCACUCCUCAGAAAAGCCUUUCAGCUGCCCUCAGUGUGGAAACACUUUCACACGUAAAGCAAACCUUAAAAAUCACAUGAUAAUUCAUAGUGGGGAAAAGCCUUUCAGCUGCUCUCAGUGUGGAAACACUUUCACAUGUAAAGGAAGCCUGAAGAAUCACAUGUUAAUUCAUGCUGGAAUAAAGCCUUUUGUCUGCUCUCAGUGUGGAAAGAGUUUUGUGCAGAAAGGACACCUUAAGAUUCAUUUGGUAACUCACUCUUCAAAAAAGCCUUUCAGCUGCUCUCAGUGUGGAAGGAGUUUUACACAGAAAAAUCAACUCAAUGAUCAUGUGCUUAUUCACUCUUCCACAAAGCCAUUCACCUGCUCUCA